AUGGCAAUCCUCCCUGUCACACUAGACCAGACAAAUAACGACGGGCCCGUUGACCGCACCCUUCCCGAUUUCACAGGCCCCGAACUCAGUGAGAAGACCUUUGAGCUUCAAGCCGUCUCAGGAUCCCCGCCGCCGCCGCCGCCGUCGCAGCGACAGCAAGAGACAGCCUCCGCUCCACGUUCGGUUCCGCGCUCUGUCCCUACCGCCGGCUCCUAUCUCGUCCAGCCGCCCCCGUACUAUCCAGCAACCGGCAAGCCCGCCAAAGGCUUCCACCCACCUCCCUCAGUCCCCCAACCGAAGCCGCUCCGCCUUGUUCGCCUCUCGCGCAAACGAAAGCCGCCCGUUCUUUACGAGUCCUCAUCAAAGACCUUCAUCCAGUCUCUGACGACCCUCACCUUCUCCCAACCCAAGACCCCGCUCUCCCCUCGGCCCUCCUACCACGACGACGCAGACCGCGGCACCGUACAAGCACAUCACCCCACGCUUCGCAAACGCCCAGCACUCAACAUGGCCUCCGUCAACCCCACCAUGCCCAAGGUAUCCACCUCCUCGCCCCCCCUGCCCCCCUCCGGCCUCUUCCAAGCCGGCGCGGGCGGCGGAGGCCGUCCCGCGGCCUCCUCCAAGGCGGACCUCCUCGCUGACCUCCGCCGCCAGCUCGACGACUCAGCCUCGGACGCCGCCAGCAGCGUCGACUCGCGCGGUCGCCGCCGCCGCCGCUCGCGUAACAACAACAAGGCCCUCGCCGCCAAGGGGCAGGCCGGCCUUCAGGGCCCGGGCAUCCUGCCGCGGCUGGCCGAGACGAAGCCGGUCAGGCUGCAGCUGGGGCUGAACUUGGAUGUCGAGCUUGAGCUGAAGGCGAGGUUGCAGGGUGAUGUCAGCCUGACGCUUCUGUGA